AUUUCAAAUUUAGCGAGCCAUAAAAUAGAACGUUAUUCCAAAAAAUUGCAGACACUUUUUGCUAGUCUUCACGCGUUCAUUUCAUACAAAUCCCUUUAGUUUUAUAUAAUGAAAUUCAGUAUUGCAAUUAUUGUAAUGCUCUCCACCUUGGCAUCAGCAAAUAAAAUUCAUCGACACUCUCGCAUUAGUACUGACAAAAAUACAGAGGAUUGCGCUAGAGAACUUCAAAUUCCAGCCUCAGAACUUAAAAAUUACGUUCUAAACACUUUGCCUGAGGGUCCUGUUGGUCAUUGCUUUAUAAAAUGCAUGUUCGAGAAGAUCGGAAUUUUCGAUAAAGAGAACGGGUUUAAAGUCGAAACAAUAUAUAAUAAAAUUACCGAACUUCAUCGUCCUGCUAUUGCUGAUGGUGAACUUCUUGGUAUGAUUGAAAAUUGCGUCAAGGAAAGUAAACAAGCAGAUGAUGCUUGUGAACGUGCUUAUCGUGCAGCUAAUUGCUUUAAUUCACUAGAAUUUAGAAAGAAAAGAGUGCAAUCAUAAUUAAAAUUAAGACGUGACUGUA